UGCUUUUAACCAUUGAUCUAAAUAAGGACUUGAUGUCAUUUAGUUGGACACCGUAGACGCGGAUAAGAUAAUGUAAUGGACCUUUCCAAUUCGGACCCGAGCGCUUCCGACUUCGCUGUCACGGAUAUCCUGAGGGUGGAAAAAGAAAACCCCACGUGUUUUGGUGUUUGACGUGUUUCGCGGAGAGCGAUCCGCGUGAACCGUGCCCUCCUCCAGCGCUCCCCUCGUGUGCGACGGAUGCCGUUUCCUCUCAUAACCGCGUCGCGCGCAAUGCGCGAGGGCCCCGCGCGGAGAGACAGACGUCACUGCUGGCUUCUCAUAACACCGCUGCUUUGAGAUGCCGCUCGGACCCGCAGCCUCACAGCGCGCCGCGUUUCCUCGCCUUUCGUUUCGCGCAACGGCCACCGAAGACCAACACGGGAAUGCAUCGCGGGCAGCGGGAAUCUAACGUCAACGGGAGCGGUGGACAUAAGGAGAAGACUCCGCCGGAAUGACCCCGCGUCUCCUCGCGCUGCGCUCUUGAAGCUCGUCAAGCGGAUUCGCAGGGACGCGCGAUCCCUACCAGGCGUCAGUCAUGCCGGUGCGGCGGGGUCACGUCGCGCCGCAAAACACAUUUCUCGGCAUUAUCAUUCGCAAAUUCGAGGGACAAAACAAGAGAUUUGUCAUAGCCAAUGCACGCGUCCAGAACUGUGCCAUCAUCUACUGCAACGAUGCCUUCUGUGAAAUGACGGGCUUUUCCCGGCCGGACAUCAUGCAGAAGCCGUGCACCUGCGACUUCUUGCAUGGACAGCUGACCAAACGGCACGCCAUCGCGCAGGUAGCGCAGGCUCUGCUGGGCUCGGAGGAACGCAAAGUGGAGAUCGCGUAUCACCGCAAGGACGGUUCAGACUUCAUGUGCACGACACACAUCAUUCCAGUAAAGAACCAGGAAGGCGUUGUCAUGAUGUUCAUACUGAGCUUCGAUUAUGUGCUGAAUGACGGAAGCAUGGACUCAUUAGACCGACUCAACCACACCUCUCCAACCAGACAAGAACAAAAAAAGGGCCGUUUCUUUCGCUUCCGUCUGCCGGCGCCGCUGAGCAUGCUGGGAGUGAGCAAGCAGUCUCUCCCUCAGGAAGACCCGGACGUGGUGACCAUCCAUUCGGCCGAUCAGAACGAGAAACACUCGUCCUGCUCGUCGUCUCUCUCUCUUUCCCUCUCUCCACGUGAUCUCCACCCCCCCACCGGCGAGAGCUGUAGCCCCUCCUAUGGAAAUGACACCCAGGCUCUGAUUGGUCAGAGUUGUUUGGGGUCGUGCUCGCCUAUUUCAGGGCCGCAGGACCACUCGUCUCCGCGGGGCCCGUGGGAGCGGCCGGACCCUCAGGAGCCUGUGGGGGUCGUGUCCCGCAGGGCGUCACAUGCCAGUAUGUGCACGUUUAGAAGAGCGUCAUCUACACAAGAUCAAGAAGGACUCGGCACACACACACAGAGGACGUACCGUGAUCGGCACGCAAGUGAAGAUAACGGCCGCAGUAUUAAAGUGUCGCGCUCUUGGAUGGCCGUGGGUCCAUUUAAUCAGAUCAAGUCCAGUCUGUUGGGCUCCACGUCUGACUCAAACCUCACCAAGUACAGCACCAUCAACAAGAUUCCUCUCAUCACCCUGAACUUCUCCGAGACCAACAACGACAAGCGGGCGUCCUCGCCACAUUCCUCUGAGAAAACCAUCAUCGCACCCAAGGUCAAAGAUCGGACACAUAACGUCACAGAGAAGGUCACACAGGUGUUGUCGCUAGGCGCCGAUGUGCUUCCAGAAUAUAAGCUUCAGACGCCACGUAUGGACAAGUUCACCAUAUUACACUACAGCCCCUUCAAGGCCGUCUGGGAUUGGCUGAUCCUGUUGCUUGUCAUCUACACCGCCAUAUUCACGCCCUACAGCGCCGCCUUCCUUCUCAACGACCCGGAGGAACAGAAGAGACGCGUGUGCGGCUACUCCUGCAGUCCGCUCAACGUGGUGGACCUGAUCGUAGACAUCAUGUUCAUUGUGGACAUUCUCAUUAAUUUCCGCACUACAUACGUCAACAUCAACGAGGAGGUGGUCAGCCAUCCGGCAAAGAUAGCCGUGCAUUACUUCAAGGGCUGGUUCCUCAUAGAUAUAGUGGCGGCCAUCCCCUUUGACCUGCUCAUCUUUGGAUCAGGAUCUGAGGAGACCACGACUCUGAUUGGCCUGCUGAAGACUGCCCGACUUUUGCGAUUGGUCCGCGUGGCACGGAAGCUAGACCGUUACUCAGAGUAUGGAGCGGCUGUCCUCAUGCUCCUCAUGUGUAUAUUUGCACUCAUCGCUCAUUGGCUGGCCUGUAUAUGGUAUGCCAUCGGUAAUGUGGAGAAGCCGUAUCUGAAGAACACCAUUGGUUGGUUGGAUAAUCUGGGCAUGUCCAUUGGAAAGCAGUACAACUACAGUGAUCCCGCCUCUGGCCCGUCCAUCAAGGACAAGUACGUCACGGCGCUUUAUUUCACCUUCAGCAGUCUGACCAGCGUGGGCUUCGGGAACGUUUCACCCAACACCAACUCCGAGAAGAUCUUCUCCAUCUGUGUCAUGCUCAUCGGCUCUCUCAUGUAUGCCAGUAUCUUUGGAAAUGUGUCUGCUAUUAUCCAGCGUCUGUACUCAGGAACGGCUCGGUAUCAUCUGCAGAUGCUUCGGGUCAAAGAAUUCAUCCGCUUCCAUCAGAUACCCAACCCGCUCCGACAAAGACUGGAGGAAUACUUCCAACACGCAUGGACCUACACCAACGGCAUCGACAUGAACAUGGUACUGAAGGGUUUUCCAGAGUGCCUGCAGGCUGAUAUCUGUCUUCAUCUUAACCAAAGUUUGCUCCAGAGCUGUAAGGCAUUCCACGGGGCGACCAAGGGAUGCCUGCGGGCGCUGGCCAUGCGUUUUAAGACCACCCACGCCCCGCCGGGUGACACACUGGUGCAUUGUGGGGACGUUCUCACGGCCAUCUACUUUCUCGCCAGGGGAUCCAUCGAGAUCCUCAGAGAUGACAUCGUGGUGGCCAUCCUGGGUAAGAACGAUAUUUUUGGUGAGAUGAUUCAUCUGUACGCCAAGCCGGGGAAAGCCAACGCUGACGUUCGAGCUCUGAGUUACUGUGAGCUGCACACCAUCCACAGAGAAGAGCUUCUGGAGGUUCUGGACAUGUAUCCUGAAUUCUCUGACUACUUUCUGUCCAACCUGGAGCUCACGUUCAACCUGCGACAGGAGAUCGCAAAGGGUGCCGUGGCUCCACAGACGAACAUCUACAUGACUCAAAGUGACUCAGACACUGAGGAUCCAGACGUCAGGAAUAAAUCCUGCUGUAAGAGCAAACGCUCGGCAGGUACACCCAACAGAUCGAGCAGAGCAGAGAGAGAGACGGUACGAGAGGAGGAGGAGACAGUGAGACCUUUGGGUUUGGGGGUUCUGGGUCGACCCCUUCCAGUCCAUCUCAACACCAUCCCUCACACAUAUACUUCAGAUAACAAUGACGUGUGCGCUGAAGAAUGGCCUUGUGGGAAUGCAGAUGACUCAGCGAAAUCUCAGGACAAAGAGGGAGGAGACGACUGUGAAAGUGACAUCACGUUCGGAGAAAUGGAGCAGCGGCUGGAUCUACUGCAGGAACACCUGAACAGGCUGGAAUCUCAGAUGACUACAGACAUUCAGGCUAUUUUACAGUUACUUCAGAGACAGAGCGCUUCAGGACCUCCAGCGUACAGCACUGUAGCCGUCAGUCCAGAAUAUAACAAACCUGUACAGCCCGUCACCGCCAUACAGACGCAGAGUCCCAAACAAGAGAAAGUCUGCAGCGAAGACUCCACACCUGCCGUUACCACGGAGAUGACCUGUGAUGUCAGCACAACGACCGCACCGGUGCCGGACCCUCGGUGGGAGGCGGGGCUAAAGCCAAUGGAAAAUGAGCAUCCGAGAUCACUCCAGCUGUCAAUCAGACAAGCUUCCCUCCCGGACUCAUCGCCCGGCAACAGCACUGCGCUGGAUCUCCACAGACCCUCCUCUGAUCCUGGACUUCCAGGACAGUAACGUGAGCUCAGACGUUAACGUUUGAACGCUUCACAAAAGAAAAUUGACCAAGACAAAUGAUUAGAGCCAAUAAUUCCUGAUUAUCUUGAGGUUUGAAGAGCUCGUGUAACUAUGCACAGACAGAACCGAUUCUCCAGAAAUCUCUUCCCUUCAAAACAGCCCCUGACUCAGGGUAGAGAGCUCAAAGUCAUAUGCACAUGAUUGAAAUCCACCCUCCGUGUCCCGUUUAGUUCUCUUCAGAUCCAGUUGUGAAUCAAAAGCAGGUAAACAGAUGCAUUAAUGCAGAAUCGGUUUCAAACGUGUUCAUUUUGUAAAUACAGAAACGGAACGGUGCACACGGGCGCUCAUGAUGAAUAGGGAUGGGUAUCGUUAAGAUUUUAACGGUAUUACUACUCUUAUCGAUACUGCUUAUCGGUCCGGUACUUUAACGGUAUUCUUAUCGGUACUUUUUGAUAUAAAGAUAUGUCGUCUUGGGGAUGGACCAGCGGAAUCGGAAGGAGUGGGUUGGUUUUCUACAUCUUAAAAAAACAUUUCAAAAUCUUAAUAAUUAUUUGUGCAUGUUUAUUUUGUGUAUACUGCACUGAAUUAUGUAAGUUCUCAGUGUAAUAAUAAAUGAUUACACAUAUAGGCUGAUUAUUAAGUAGUUAAUAGGAAAUGGAUUAAAUGUGUAAUUUCCUUUCACCCAUGUUGAAUUAGCAUAGUUUUAACGUAAGGUAAUGGAAACCAGUUUGAUCGAAUUUACAGUUGUUUUAAAUAGGGUGAAUGGCAUUAGCAUAUUUUAUAUAAAUAAUGUCAGAGUUCAAGGAACGUCUGUUAGCAUUCAGCAUACAUACCUGACGUAGAUGGGCCAUCAAGAGAUGAACUAGAUUGGGCCGAGCAGUCAAAAACAGAGCAUCUGUACAUGAUGCACUUUUGACAGGUGCUUUGUGUUUCCACCCUUACAAGCAAAGGUUUUGUUGCACUUGUGGCUACGAGCAUUGUCACUGUUAGCAUCAACUUUGGUGAAGUGUAACCACACUUUUGAACGUUUAGUUCUCUCGCCAUCGUCGCGUCUUUCUUCUCUGCGAGACACGUGACGUGCCGCGCCGCCUCGCGCGCUCUGCUGGGAAUAACGAAUAUGCUUGCGCCAAAGACUAAGUUCUUGGUGUUAUUGAAAAUUAGAAACUAUUGUUGCAAUAAAAUAUAAGAUUUUUUCCCUGAGGACCGAAAGCAGAACCGAUAAGGGCGGAGCUUAUCGAUGCUCCGGUCUUUCUUAAUUUCGCCCCGGGGCCCGUUUAUACCGGGUUUCGGUACCCAUCCCUAAUGAUGAAGAAAGGUGCAUGCUGGGAGAAAAAAGCAGUGUUUGUUUUUUGCAUGUUAAAAGACACUCGCAUUGUUAACCAAGUGCUAUGAGCUUGUUUUUUGUUUCCUAUAUCACCUAUUUGUGAUUUAUAUACGUAUUUAUUUACUUACUACGAGAUUCCUGGUAUUCAGGAAGAAUCUUUACUUGAACUGAACGCUGCGAAGCCUCAUCGUCCCCACACGUCAUCUCAAAAUAUCGCACUGUUUUUCCCCAUAUCACGAUCCCACAGGCCAGUUACAGUCGAAGGAAUUUUAACAUCACCAGUAUUGAAAAACAAUUAUGUCUCAGUGUUGAAUUUGAUGAAACCCGUUCACACUGCGCGCAAAUCCAGUUUGACUUCAAAUCCCAGUUUUUUUUUUGUCGUGUACCUUCAUUUCUCGUACAAUUUAGACGUAAACACCACGUCACGCUUGCGAUAUUCUGGAAGCUGUAGCAGUGUUAUCAUUUAUUUAUUAUCUGUAGAAAUAAAUCCGGAUUAUGAGACGCGGGGAACCCAAAUCUCUGGCUUUAGUAGCAGCCGUCAUCUCCGGAUCGUAAUCCAGAAUAAAGCACAGAACUCGUAGUCUUGCAGUAUGACAUGACUCGAGCUGCAUGUUUUAACCAAAGUUAGUUAGUAGUGUUAAUCGUGUAAUCCACAUGUUAUGAGAUGCAUCCGAACACGCAGUCUUCCUAGAAAACAAAACGUAUGCAUGUCUUUAGUCGUUUCCUCGUAGGGUUGCCAGAUUUAGAUCUUGGACGUGGAUGAAUGAAUGAAUCCGGUGGGACAUAUCAGUGUAUUGGAGAGAGAGGCUCUGAAUUCACGUCACGUGUUUCGGAGCCGGGAACGCUGGCACGUGGCACGUGAAGAAGAGGAUGAGAGAAGGAUACGAUACUAUUGCGAUCUUUUGCACAAACUCUUUGAAACAUCUUGUACAGUGUCACUUUUUAAAACUAGUGCUGUUGGCAGAAUUGUUUUUAUGCAUUUUUUUAAAUGUUUGACACUGUAUUUUAUAUAACGCAACACGUAACAGCAGGUUAGAAUGUUUUCUUCCUUGGAUAUAUUAUUGGUAUGUAUUAUAGCCUAUUUAUGCUGUAUAUUGUGAAUAUACCAUGCACAACUGUGUAUAUUAAUAAAGAACAGAAU